AUGUCUUCAAAGUAUCAAAAGCGAAAAGAAAAUCAAGGAGUGGCUGAGGAUCGAGGAGUCAACAGCUAUCAAAAUUCGUUUGCCAAAAAUAACAAAAUCAAGGACAUGCAUUGCCACAAUUAUGUUGACUCCGUGAUUAAACCGUUUUUUCCAAAAGGAAAAAUACAACCAUGGACUGCCGCCAAAUGCACGAGAAGAUUUAGUGAAGAUUUAGUAACUUUAGGAAAAACCAUGCGAGCAUCAUUGGAUAAGUCAUUAGAAGUUGGUGCUGAUCUUGUUAUCUGCGGAUUACAUGUCAUUGAAGAUCCAACAACCUGGGAAACACUCAUGGUCUGUUUUCAAGUGAUGGACACAAUACAGGAUCUAGUAAAUAAAAGGGCCAAGAUGUUAUCCGAAAGGGCACAAAUCAAGCAAUACGAAAACUGA